UAUAUGCGGCAGCAAUCCGCCCCGUAGACGCAUUCGCUCGUACGCUUCGUCCAAAGCGGACUUGAGUAGUAGAGACUUGUCGCCGCCGUUGCCGUCGUCCUUGUCGUUUGUUGUAGUCGAACCGUAGCAGCCGGACGGAUCGAGGCCGAGAAGGACACAUCAGCGGGAUAUUAAAAUAAGAAGAGGGAAAAGAAGUACGGAAAGCGCGCGGCGAGAACAGUUGGAGCGAAGAGGACACGUCAAGAUCUCUCAACGGGGAAUUCGUUGGUGUAAUUUCUGGCAAGCGGCAGUGAAGAGCUCUCACGCGCCCCGCACCUUUCGCACCUGCAUCACGCAUCGAGUGAGCGCUGUCACGCCGAACGACGAUUGAGAGACGAUUGAGAGUCGACCGAGCGUCGAGCCGAGAAACCGCCGAGAUUGAUCGCUAUCAGAAAAGUAGUCUGUCAGGCAAGAAGAGUGAUAAGAGAGACAUGAUGGCAGUCGCAGCCGCUCAGAAGAACCGCGAGAUGUUCGCCAUCAAGAAGUCCUACAGUAUCGAGAAUGGGUAUCCAGCGCGACGACGUUCUCUCGUAGACGACGCCCGUUUUGAGACGCUGGUCGUCAAGCAGACGAAGCAAAGCGUGCUCGAGGAAGCUCGACAGCGGGCGAAUGACACGAACGUCGACCAGACAAUCACCUGCGCUCAGGAAGAACAGGGACAGAGCGAGAAUUACGAUGUCUCGUCGAGCGACGACGAACAGAUGGAGUCGCUGGUCUGCGCGGCGAAGAAGCAAGAAGCGAAAGCCGAGGCCUGGUCGGACAGCGACGGGAAACCGGAUGACGAUUACGAUGACGACGCCGGGCUAACCGAGGAGGAGGUAGUGCUCGCCAAGACCAUAACCGAGUCACCGGAAAGCGAGCACAGCGUGCAGAAAGCUGCGCUGGUGCUGCGGCUGAGAGAGGGCAUCGGCUCCUUGGGCAGGAUCUUGAAGACGAUCGAGAAUUUCAAGGGCACAGUCACUCACGUGGAGUCGCGACCUUCCAAGAAGGAGGGUGUGCAGUUCGAGGUGCUCGUCAAGGUCGACAUGAGCAGGCAGAGCCUGUUGCAGCUGAUUAGGAAUCUGCGACAGAGCUCGGCCUUGGACGGCGUGACCUUGCUCGCCGACAACUCCGUCAGCAUCAAAGACCCCUGGUUCCCGCGUCACGCCUCCGACCUCGAUAACUGCAAUCACUUGAUGACCAAGUACGAGCCGGAUCUCGACAUGAACCACCCGGGUUUCGCCGAUAAGGAAUACCGCGCCCGGCGCAAGGUCAUCGCCGAGAUCGCUUUCGCUUACAAGUACGGCGACCCGAUACCGAGCAUUCCUUACACCGAAACGGAGAACGAGACCUGGUCGCGCGUCUUCAACACCGUGCUCGACCUGGUGCCGAAGCACGCGUGCGUCGAGUACCAGCGAGUCUUCAAGAAGCUGCAGGAGGAGAGGAUCUUCGAGUCCCACCGUAUCCCGCAGUUGCAGGAGGUCAGCAAUUUCCUCAAGAAGAACACAGGCUUUACCCUCCGACCGGCCGCCGGUCUUUUGACCGCUCGAGACUUCUUGUCUAGCCUUGCCUUCAGGAUAUUCCAGAGCACCCAAUACGUCCGCCACAUCAACAGCCCGUAUCAUACUCCCGAACCAGACUGCAUCCACGAGCUCCUGGGUCACAUGCCGCUGUUGGCCGACCCCAGCUUCGCUCAGUUCUCGCAGGAGAUCGGCCUGGCGUCUCUCGGCGCCUCAGACGAGGAAAUCGAGAAGCUGUCGACCAUCUAUUGGUUCACCGUUGAGUUCGGUCUCUGCAAGGAAGGUCCUGAGGUCAAGGCUUAUGGCGCUGGCUUGUUGUCGGCCUACGGCGAGCUGUUGCACGCGUUGAGCGACAAGUGCGAGCAUCGAGCUUUCGAUCCUCCGAGCACCGCUCUCCAGAAGUACCAGGAUCAGGAAUACCAGCCGAUAUACUACGUGGCCGAGAGCUUCGAGGACGCCAAGGAGAAGUUCCGUCGCUGGGUCGCCACCAUGAGCCGACCAUUCGAGGUCAGAUUUAAUCCGCAUACGCAGCGCGUCGAGGUCCUCGACAGCGUCGACAGGCUCGACGGUUUGAUAGCCCAGCUCAACACCGAGAUGACCCACCUCACGAACGCCAUCAACAAAAUCAAGGCAUCCUUUGCGUAAAAACGAGAGCUCCCGCGUCUUCGUUGUACCGAUACGGUUAUUCCUUUCGCGAACCACCGACCCCCGAAACCGAUCGUGCUGUCGACCGGUUUAGAUCAAACGAUCUUCUUCAAGCUGUUCGAUGACAAUAACUUUUGCGAGCUUGAUUGCCAGACGGGCAAUUGACAAUUAUGAAACACGUUCCUUCUGGAAGUAAUCACAGUAGAUCAGUGCCUCUAAUUAAUGGCAUAUUUCGAAAGCGCUUCUCCUCUCUUUAUCGAUAACUUGAAAACAAUCACAACCAACCGACAAUCGCGGGAGAUAUCAGUCUCAUGGCUGGUUUAAGCUGCGUUUCGAAGAGCUUCGGCUUUUGGGUUCGGUGGAGCACAUCAUCUCAUCGUCAUCUUCGUCGCGCGCAUCAACUCGUCCCUGUGUAUAAAGUCGUUCAUUCAUAUUGUACGCGUGCACAUGUGUCGUCGUAUCCGCAAUAGUUUCCGACAUGCCGAGAUUAUCGCUCGUUUCGGAUGUAUAAUUAAAACAUCCACGAAUGAAGCAAUUGACGAUUGCCCGAUGUUUGUUCUCGAGCGAACAUUUUCGCGAGAUAUCGAGCGAGUAAGGCUAAACGGAACGGGAUUGCAAAUUAUCUUUGCAACAAGAUAACGUACUGGCACCGUUUUCUUUUUUCUUUCAUUUCUUUUCUUUUUUAUUCUUGCCGACUUACCGCACGCGUGCACGCGUACGAGAUUUUCACGUUACUAUUAUUAUUAAUUGUAUUAUUAUCAUUAUUUUGUUCUAUUCGACAUAUAAUAUCGUAUUAUUAUAAUUAGCAUAUUACACACGUAUAAAUUCUCGCUUAAUCCAGCAGACGCACUGGCACCUGCCCCUGAUGUUACGUAGUACCGUUCACGUGUAGCAAAUCUAUAUCGCGAGAUGAUUAUCGCCAAGAGUUACCGUAGUUGAACUCUUCGUAGAACUCGCGGGAUCGACCUCUCGUUGCUCACAUCGAUCGACAGAACUCGUUGCUCACAAACACACACGUGAGCACACAGUAUUUCUCUCUCGUUGCAAGUGAAUCGACAUGUUGUGACAUGUGACGGAGUCGGGUAGUCUCCCGGCUAGGCCAGCCGACGAGGACAGGCGAUCAUAACGAGUGUUUUCGUCGGCUCGUCGCACUUAGAAUUUAGGCGUGUAUAGAAGUAAACAGUAUUCCGUAAAGGAUAUCUCUUUGAUUUGUGUUCUUACUUAGGUAGCCCGCAUCUAGGCGCCGUAUCUCUCCUCCGGUCGAGCUCUUUGAAAAUUUAUAGUUCCCGAGCAGUUUCCGGGAGCAGUUACGGGAGGAGCGACGUUGUUUUAGAGAAGCACUGUUUAGCGAGUAGUGCGAGUCCUCACGCUUCGCGCACGCUGCGCUAUCCCUAUCGCUAUCGAGACUCGUGCGGAAACACCAUCUCGUGUACGCGCGCGCAAAAUCCACCCCGUUUAGGUCGUAGUAAAAGCGGUAGUAAAAAAUGACACGUUUCCUUUGUAUUAUAUUGUAAAGUACUCAGAGCAUAAUAAAAAAAUUAAGAUAUGGA